GAACAUCCCGUGUUGCAUUGUGGGAUUGCACCUUUAGUAACCGUGCUAGUAGAUUAAGGAAAACAAAAUUUAGUGCUAUGACUGACACAAUUCACUAGCUUAAAAAAAACUGCUUAAUAAUUACACGUUAGACAGGUUUUAUUCUGGUUAUUUAGUAAUUGUAUGUAGUUAGUUAGUAAGUUGGAUAAAGACAGCAGCAGAUAGUAACGUUAGGUAGCAAGCUAACUGUUAGUGUCUCAAUAAACUUUGCUAGAAUGACUUCAUCUUCAGCAAAGGUGGGUGAAAUCUUCUCGGCAGCAGGGGCUGCCUUCAGUAAACUAGGUGAACUCACCAUGCAGCUGCAUCCUGUAGCAGACUCAUCUCCUGCAGGAGCUAAAUGGACAGAGACUGAAAUUGAGAUGCUGCGUUCAGCUGUGAGCCGCUUUGGUGAUGAUUUGAACAAUAUCAGCUCUGUCAUUAAAGAACGCACAGUUGCCCAGAUUAAGACCACAGUAAAGAGGAAGCUCUAUGAGGACAACAGAGUCCCGCUCUCAUCAGAGCCACCCCAAAAGACUGUGAAGAAAACCACCGUUGCCAUGGCAGCGAGUCCAGCAUCCAUGGCUCCAACCUCACAAGUUGUGACAGCAGGAUUGCAGCGUGCUUCUUCUUUGCCACACACAAUUAAAAAGCCAAAAACUUCAGAUGUGACACUCAGCGCCCUGAAUGACUCGGAUGUUAAUAGUGACUUGGUGGAUAUGGAAGGAUUAGGAGAGGGUUCUACCAAAAAACCCAACUUCGAUCAAGAGUGUCUGAGUUUGGACUCCAGCCUUAUAAUGAACUCCAGCGACCUGCCACUACUUUCCCGGUGAAACACAUUUACUGAACUAUUAAUGAAGUACCAGAAGACCAAUGCAAACACACAGAUGUGACAUUCAGGAUAAUAAACUUUGGUUUGUUCAUGAACACUGGUAGAAGAAAACAGUGACAAACUAAUCUCAAACUCUGUUUUAAUUUUAUGAUACCAGAGAGGUAUUUUUGAAUUUGCUAGAUAUGUUAAGCUUAAGUCUCCAUUUCCAUUGAGUGGUUCAGAUCACGGAGUAAAACUCCUACAAGUGUUCUAGUUUUGAUUUUGUAUUAUAUUUUAAAAUACUCUUUAUUGUCAAAGAGGGAUGUGACUGUAUUCCCACAGAAGUUUAUCCAUUGGGUCUUGACACAAUGUAUAAUCAAAUAAAAAAAAAUGUUAAAUACA